CUUCAAACCCUGUCGCGUCUCCACACCUCGUCUUCUUUCUCCAACUACUCAUUUCUCUUUUAUUCAGUCCACUAAAACGCUGGCUCUUGCUUAACCACACAGCCGACAUGUCUCAGCCGCAGAAGAUCAGAAGGGCCUCCGUUUCCGCCUCGGACCCUCCCACCACUAUCCCCAUUCCUUCCAACCCUCGCGGCCUCCCGCCGUCGUCUUUCGCUGGCACCUCGCCUACGCAGACGCUCAGCACCAGCCCUCGUCUGUCUACCUCCCCCGGCGCUGCUGGCUCGUUCGGUGGCCGCUCCCUCAAGGCCUUUGGCACUGCCCGUCAGCUUCAGGCCUUCCUUCCCGCCGCCUUCCCCGCCUUCCCAGAGGAGGAGGGCACUGCGACCCCGCGUACCGGCAAGAUCAAGAUUCUCCUGCUCGAGAACAUCUCGAUUGAGGCUGCUCAGUUCCUCAAGAACGCCGGCUACGAGGUCGACCACGUCACCAAGGCCUUCUCUGAGGCCGAGCUCCUUGACAAGCUCCCGGGCUACCAUGCCGUCGGUAUCCGCUCCAAGACCAAGAUCACCGCAAAGGUGAUCGAAAAGUGCUCGCAGCUUCUCGUCAUCGGCUGCUUCUGCAUCGGUACCAACCAGGUUGACCUCGAGACUGCCGCGAAGCACGGCAUCGCCGUAUUUAACUCUCCAUUCUCCAACUCGCGCUCAGUCGCCGAGCUCGUCAUCUCGGAGAUCAUUGCACUCUCGCGCCAGCUCGUCGACCGCGCUAGCGAGAUGCGCGCCGGCAUUUGGAACAAGGUCUCCAAGGCGUGCUGGGAGGUCCGUGGCAAGACGCUCGGCAUUGUCGGCUACGGUCACAUUGGCUCGCAGCUGUCCGUCCUCGCCGAGUCGUUCGGCAUGAACGUCAUCUACUACGACAUUAUCCCCAUCAUGCCCCUUGGCACUGCUCGCCAGGUGGACACGUUCGAGCAGCUUCUCCAGACUGCCGACUUUGUCACGCUUCACGUGCCAGAGAUCCCCGACACCAUCGGCAUGAUGGGCUCCGCGGAGUUUGCGCAGAUGAAGGAGGGUGCUUUCCUCAUCAACAACGCCCGUGGCAAGGUCGUGGACCUUGCGGCGCUUGCCGACGCGCUCGAGAGCCGCCACCUUGCUGGUGCUGCCGUCGACGUUUUCCCCAAGGAGCCUGGAUCCAACGGCCCUGGCUUUAACGACGACCUCGGUGACUUCAUCCCCCGCCUCCGCAAGCUGCCCAACCUCAUCAUGACCCCUCACAUCGGCGGCUCGACUGAGGAGGCGCAGCGCGCCAUCGGCAACGAGGUCGCCAACGCCCUCACUCGCUACCUCAACUACGGCACCUCGAUCGGCUCCGUCAACUUCCCCGAGGUCGACCUCCGUGCCAUCACGGCCGACGACGUGCGCCACAUCCGUGUCUGCCACGUGCACAGGAAUGAGCCCGGUGUUCUUCGCGCCAUCAACGCCAUUCUCGGCAGCCACAACAUUGAGAAGCAGUUCUCGGACUCGAAGGGUGACGUCGCCUACCUUAUGGCGGACAUCAGCGGUGUCGGCCACGAGGAGGUCCGCGAGAUCUACGAGGCCAUCAACGGCACGCGCGCCAACAUCCUCACCCGUCUGUUGUACUAAACGCGCGGGCCGAGAGAGGCGUUGACGUGUUGGCGAGGUGAAAGGUGAUGGCGUAAACAACUUGCGCCCCUCAACCGGGUCACUGUGUAAUAGUCGCUCAUCUGUAUAGUACUGUAGUGCUCCACCACUCGGCGCGAGCGGCCCACAGCAUCAAAACUAGACAUGCAUUCUUGGUAACAUUGCCAGAUAUAUCUGACGCGCAGGUGGAGGUUGUCCUGUCCUCCGAUCUCCGAUCUCCGAUCUCCACUCCGCACUGGUGGCUUUCGGCGGUCUGUGGAAGCGUGA